GUAAACAGCUGGAACUUUAUAAUUUAAAAAAGCAGCAUGAGAAGCAAGCCAUGAUAUCCAGGUUGCAACAAAAACUAGCUCAAAGAAUGAUGAAAUUAGAAGAAGAAGAACAGCUAGAGAGAGCUGAGGAACAGAAAUUACGAAACCAACAAUCUCACAUGAUGGAAAUGGCCAUCUCAUCUAAUAUAGAAUUAACUCAGGAAGCUAAGCAGAAAGUACUGGAUCAACAUGAUCAAAAUAUGGAAGCCAUGAAUAACCAGUUACAGCAGAGUAAACUACGACAAAUGAAAAGCUUGGAAUUAAAGCUGUGUCAGAGAAGAACCAAACUUGCGGAACUGGAGAAAAAAGAGGCGGAUAUUCGACAUCAUCCACGUGAUAUGAGCAGCAAGGAACGAGACAAAUUGCUCAAUAAACUUGAUACAGAAAUAAGUGAAGAAGAAAAAAAGUUAAAAGAACAUCGUGAAAAGGCUAUCGAAGAUCUGAAACGACAAUUAGCAGCAGAAACGGAGGAAGCUCUGAAAUUACAGGAAGAAGAAGUUGGUCAGUUAAUUGGCAGACUUCAGGUGGGACAAGCAAGAAGGAAGGCCAUUUUAUUAAAACAGGACAGAACAUUACAAGAACUACAGGAUCAGUUGGAACGUAAGGUGAUCGAAGGUGGAGAUUUACCUAAAACAAUGACAGAUCAGCUGAUACAAGAACAUUAUAAUCAGGUCUCUUACCUCAACCAACAAAUACAACGAUCUCGUGAAGAGCAGGAAGAAAAUCUACGAGAAAAAAUACAAGCAAAAAAAUAUAAACGUGAAAGAGAAUUAGAAGAACAAUUAGAAGACGAAGCAGAAGAAGAAUUUAAGAUACAAAGUCUUCAUGGAAAGGGAUUUGCGAGUCAUGUAUUAACGAAGUCAUUGUUAGAACAGAGACAUCGUAAGAUGAUGGGUGAUCUAGAACAGGAGAUGAAAGUUGAGUUACAGAAAAACAGAGAUGAUAUCAAUCAACAGAUGGAAACCGAAUUACAAACAGAAUUAAAGGGUCAGAAACAACAGUUAUUAACCCAGUUAGCUGCUAUCAGUAAUUUAUCACCCAGUGAAAUACAGAAUGUUGUAGAACAUGCUGUUAUAGACUUAGGAGAAAGUGAGAAAACAGCGAAAAAGUUAGUGAAAGAUUUACGACAAGAAAUCAAGCGUGCCAAAACAUCUUUAGGAAUGGAUGAAGAAGAGGAGGAUUAUGGUUAUCAAAGAUCACGAUCAGAUAUAGGAAGUCUUCAAUAUGGUGAUGCAACAGAACUUACUCGAUCAAACAAAAACAAACAGAAGCGUUUUUCACGGACACCAAAACCAGCUUACUAUGAUGUGGAAUCAGAGGAUGAAGAUGGAUUCUAAAAAAGGUUAUUAAAAUCUCAAGGUCAGCGAUUCAUCCAGCAUAACUUGAGUGAUUUUUUGUAAAAUGGAUUAUAAGCAAUACAUCUAGCGUAAAACUGGAGCAAUUUUUUAUUAAAUAGACCCUAAAUUGCCCAAUCUUAUUAAAAUCGGAUUAGAAAUAAUUUUUUCGUUUUUAUUUCUGAUUAGUACACUACAUUGUAAUCUAACUAACUUGUUUAUCAUCAUAAUUUUCUACCAGAUUGAGUUCUUAUAAAAUAAACAAUAUUUGAUUCAGCGUAUCUGAAUGGGAUUGAGAAGCUUGUAGCGUAUGUAAAGCCCUGCUCCCUGUAUGUAAAAGUAUUGUUAAAUUUAUGGAUUAUAACCAUAUAAAUACACUUAAAUCUAAUAUGAUAGAUAUAUUUUUAUGACUGUUGAUAAUUUAUUUUUAAAUAUUUAUGUCCAGACGUAGAGGUGUCUAAAUCAGUGACGUCCAGAAAAUGGAUCCCUAUUAUAUUGUAUAGUUAGCCUUUUGGGUAAUCAUCAUCAAAAUGUACAUAAAUCUUUUUCAAAUUAGUCGUAUUAAUUGUAUAUUUAUAUAUAAAUAAAAAUAUAAAUUGCUGAUAUAUUUUCUGUAUAUACAGGGUUUGUUAAAAAUGUAUAUUUAGUUACAUUGUAUUGUAAAUUAUUAAUUGCACUUGAGAACAAAUAGAUCGAUUUUUAAAGGCUAAAUGUACAACCUAUCAAGCAUAAAACAGAUCUUCUUAGCUGACAAGUGAUGCUUGCUUAUUCGCUGGAUGAAUAAAAUACCUAGGUCCACCUCAGGGAUGCUAUUUUGCCUGUAUAUUCCGGACAAGUACUCCACUAUUUUCCAAAUGUCCGACCUUGAAUGCAUGAAUAAUAUUCAAACUUCCAAUAUUAUUUGACUGAACUGGGUAUAUAACAGUGGCAUAUACGUGAAAGAAUCCUUGGCAUUUGGAAGGUGGAGACGAUUAGGCGUAAAUGCUGCUCUUGAAAUCAAAUUUUCCUACUUUGCAUUACAACUAAGCAAAACAUAUUUCACAAUUCUCAAGCCUUCCAUCAGGAUUAGAAUCCAUCUUUUGUAAAAUAUACAAAUUUAGUGCUCAAUGUCCGAAUCCUUUAUGAAAUUGUAAUUGUUCUGGACAGGGUUAAGACUGCUGAUCAUCGUUUGUAUUUUUCGGACAAUAUCACCAUAGGCACAAAGGGGACAAUUUCACCAUAGGCACCGGGGGACAAUAUCACCAUAGGCACAAGGGGGACAAUAUCACCAUAGGCACAGGAGGACAAUCUCAGUUGGGUGGGGGUGGGGGGGCUGAGUCUGUUUGACCGGAAAUUUUCCACUGGAAUUUUCAGAAUGAAUCAAAGAGCACAUUAGAUGAGAAAACUAAAUUGCAUGUACAGUAGAAUCUGCAUUAUAGCCAGUGGUUACUACAUACACUUUACGGCAAGUUCACAUCAAUCUGAUUAAAAGUAAUUUAGCUAUCUUCACUCAAAGUCGAAAAUAUAGACCUCCUGUAAUUUCCACACAGCUGUGAUAGUUGUUUAUUUAUAAUUAAUUACACAAUUACACAACAAUAUAAAUUUACAAUAUGUUAAGCAAAAAACAACUUUAUGUUCCCCAUUCUCUGAUGUUUGUUCCCGAAAAAUGGAAAUACAUUGUCCGCAAAAUGGAUGGUUCACUGAAUAUGGGGAGGCUGCAGUCCCCCGACUCCUACGCCUAUGAAUGUCACACGUUCGUUUAUGUUAAAAAAAAUUGCAUUUUCAAAUAAUAUCACAGCUUCGUUCAUGAUAAAAAUACUUAUAUUGAUUAUUCAAGAGCUAAAUCUGCUUAUUGCAAGUCUUUCUUUAGGUCUGAAAUGUUAUCUAAAUUAUUAAUUAGACAUUUAUUAACAUGACAAGACCAUAAUCAACUCACAAUGCCAUCUGAUGUGUCCAGUUUUCAUUAGAUUUGAAUCUGAUCUGACAUUCAAAGGCUGUAAUGAUUAACCAUAAAAAUGAAUAAUCGAGACUUUGUUUAUUAUCGUAACAAUGACAAUCAAGGCUACAAUGUUAUUAAAAUGAGUAUUUCUCGGCUCAUGGUAAAGUAAUUUGACCGAGAUUUUCAGCAUAUUCCUGAUCAUUAUCUAUUUUUUAACUAUUACAGCGAGAACUGUUUAGCUCUUUAUCAAAUCUUCCAUAAUUCCCCUUUAACAUAAUUUACUUAAGAAACCAAAAUAUCAACAGUAGCUGAUAAUCUCCCGGGUUGGAUUUAAUUGAAUUAACAAAAUACUCAUUAAAAAACUUUACCCAAAGAUUCUAGAUGGUGUUGCCUAGUUUAUAUUAAUUGCAAUGAAUGCUAAAUGUUUUAAAUUAAUAAAUACAACAAAUGUUGUGGAAUUUUGAUAUAUUUUACUAAACGGAACUGAACUGAACCAUUUUCAGGCUGAUGUUCCUUUUAGAGAAUUUACAAUAUUUUACUUUGAAAGGGAUUAAAAAACCCUCAAAUGAAGAUCAGCGGCUUUAACUAGUUCAUGACCUAUAAAAGAUGGUAAUUCAGGGUUUUACUCUGCUUUUUGUUUGUUUUGUUGAUUUGAUUUGAUUUAUAAACUGUUUCAGGGAUUUUAUAUUUUAGUAUAUUAAUACUGUACAUUUAUAAAAUUGUUUUAGUAUAAUGUUACUGUAUAUUUUAGUAUAUUGUUACUGUAUUUUAGUAUAUUGUUACUGUAUAUUUUAGUAUACCCAUACUGUUACUGUAUAUUUUAGUAUAUUGUUACUGUAUUUUAGUAUAUUGUUACUGUAUAUUUUAGUAUACCCAUACUGUUACUGUAUAUUACAGUAUAUGGUAUACUUUAGUAUAUUGUUACAGUACCGUAUGUUACAGUAUGCUGAAUAUUUUAGUACCAGUAUACCGGUACUAUUAGUGAAUAUUAGAAUAUGUUGUUAUUGUAUAUUUUAGUAUAUUGUUACUGUGACUUGUUACUGUAUAUUAUGUCGCGUGGUUCCCUAAUUUCAUAGUAAAUUGGAGGUAUUAUUGUGAUUUGCUUAUUUCUGGUAUUACUGUAUCAUUCUUUCUUUCUUUUUGUGGAAGUGGGCUUAUAAACAGUAAGCCAAAAUAAUUUGCAUUUUAAGCUGCAAUAUAUAAUAAUUUCUGUCCAAACCAUUACCACCAUUUUGAUUGUAAAAAAUUUCUGUGAAACCCAGAGCAUAGUUAAAAGGCUUAAAAGUGGUGCCACAAAAUUCAACAUCCUUGCUUAGUCAGCAGUCAAUUGGAUUUAGAAUUUACCGACAAUUAAAGCCCUUGUUGAUAUGAUAAUGUCCAUCAUUUCACCCACAGACUCAAUGCACCUAUAACUUUCUUAAUGUAUAAUAUUUUUUUAUUAUUUGUUAUAAAUUGAAUGUUUAAUAAUUUUAUAUUACUGUGAUAUAUUCAUUCUAUUUAUACAUAUUUUUAUUUUAUUUUAUAAUAGGAAUAAAUAUUAUACAAAUACUUAA